CACCAUGUUAUCUUGAAAGUUUGGAUUGGCGCCAAUGACAUCAAAACAGAGGGGGUUUGGAGAUGGCCCGACCUGACAUCGGCCAACUUGGCCACCCUGUGGGCUUCUGGUCAGCCGGACAACCUGAAUGACCAGGACUGCGUUGAGCUCCUUCCUGACGGCCGUCUCAAUGACCUCGAGUGCAGCACAGCACGUCCAUUCAUUUGU